GCCGUCUGACGGGAAAUGACGUCAGGAGCUGAGAGAAAGAACCAGACAGAGAGGGAGAAGCAGAGCUCGAAGUGAGAGCGGCGGGGAGAGGUCAGAGGUCAGCGGAGGGACCGCCGGGGGAAAAGGUCAGGGGUCAGCGCUGGACCGGAGGCCUAACAGAUCCCAAAGACAAAAUGGAGACUGAGAGUGAGCAGAACUCUACUUCCACCAAUGGGAGUACAGCAUCCAGCGCAAGUUCUCGCCCACAGAUAUCUCAGAUGUCUCUGUAUGAGCGCCAAGCUGUCCAGGCUCUGCAGGCUUUGCAUAGACAACCUAAUGCCGCACAAUAUUUUCACCAGUUGAUGUUGCAGCAGCAGCUAAGCAAUGCACAACUACAUAGUCUGGCAGCAGUGCAGCAGGCAACGAUUGCUGCUACCCGCCAGGCUGCCUCCCCUAACACUGUUUCAAAUCAGCAGACGAGCACGACGCAAGGAUCGGCAAAUCUGUCAACAAGCUCCUCAGCUCAGCUUCUGAGUCGUGCCCAGAACGUCACUGCCCCGAGUGCUACAACACUCACUCAGUCAGUUUUGCUCAGCAAUGCAAGCUCUCCACCUCUCAGCCAGUCACAGACACAAAUGUACCUUCGGCAGCAGCCCCAGCUUGGUAACCUUUUACAAGUGAACCGAUCUCUUAAUCGUGGUGUCCCUCUAAACUCUCAACUUAUUCUAAUGCCCAAUGGCUCUGUGGCUGCAGUCCAGCAGGAAGUGGCAUCCCCCCAGAACCAAGGCAUGCAUCAAGACUCUGACCAGGUUCAGAACCUGGCUGUUCGAGGUCAGCAAACAGCUCAACCCACGUCCACAGCUGCAGGGCCUACCAUUGCUCAUGCUGCUCCUCCACAGUCCAAACCAACCACUCACCCAUUGCCCUCGUCCUCUGCAGCCUCACACCUGCCAUCUUCUCCAGUACCUCAGACUGUAAAAAGUCCGAUGGGUCCAGCGGGGGGCACAGUGAGUCAGGGGAGUCAGACGGAGGCAGAGGGGAGAAAAGCUGAAGGAGAGGCUAUGCAGCAGAGUGUCGGUAUCAACUUAACAAGAGCUGCAACACCAGCACCCAACCAGACUCUUAUAAGCUCUGCUACUUACACUCACAUUCAGCCUCACUCAGUUCUACAACAGAAGCAGGUGGUAUUUCAGCAACAGAUUGCCAUCCACCAGCACCGUCAGUCCCAGCUCGUCCAUGCCUCUGCUCACCUACAGUUGGCACAGCAGCAGCCCCAGGCCCCCUCUCAGCAAAGCUUGCAGGCAACUCCGGCACAACAGACCCUGGUUGUUCAACCUAUGCUACAGACCCCUGAGGCGACUCUGCCAACGAAAGCUCCUGUGCCCAUUCAACCAAAGCAGCCAGGCAAAGGGGUUCCGCCUUUAAAUCUGCAAGGACACUUGGCGGCCAAACCUAUGCAAAGCACUAGACCACUUCCUACACCACCUGCUAACCAACCUCACAUUCCUGUUCAACUAGUGGGUGCAAGACAACAAGGUCCCGCCCAAGCUCUGGCCCUCGGAGCUCCCCAGGUUCCAUCACAAGGGUCUUCCUUAACACAGAUAACACUGCCUCAAUCUCCUGCCCCUGUACCAACUGCUGUGUCUGGUGCAGUGCAGGAAGUCCAAGCUGCAUUCUACGGAGUCCUGCAGGGCAAGAUGUCUGGAGCUGCAAAGAGAAAGUCAGAAGAGGACAGGGAAGAAUCUCCAACACUACCUUUAAAAGCAUCUCCCCCAGUUGACACACCAACUACAAUGGAGGAGAGCAGCACUCCAGCUGACAAGUCUGAGGCUGCCUCUCAAGUCUCUACAGCUCACACUGUAUCUGCUCCUCCUUGCGCACCAACACUUUCGGUCACCUCUCGCCAGCACAGUGACUCCAAGCCCCCACAAGCCAUUGUAAAGCCACAGAUCCUGACUCAUAUUAUAGAGGGCUUUGUCAUCCAGGAGGGAGCAGAACCCUUUCCUGUUGGCAGUCCUCAGAUACCAAAGGACCCCGAAAAGUCACUUGCACCAGUUACAGUUUUGCCUCCAGUAGAGAGUCCACCCUCUCACCCAUCAAUAGAUCAGACUGUUAGUGAUUCUGGAAGCUCGAAAAUGUUAAAGUGUGAGUACUGUGGGAAGAUUGCCACAGCAGACAAGUUUGGUGGCUCAAAGAGGUUCUGCUCUAUGACUUGUGCCAAAAGAUAUAAUGUCAGUUGCAGACACCCGUUUCGUCUUCAAAGAAAGAAGUUAAACCAGCUCCAAGAAGCAGGAGGUGUAAGAGUGCGCAGACGUGGUCCACGGAGGAACAGCUCUGAUAUUGCAAGGGCCAAGAUCCAGGGGAAGAGAAUGAGGGUAACAGAGGAGGAUUCCAGCCGUGGGUCUGAUAAUUCCAGCUAUGAAGACUCUUUUUCUCCAACAUCUCCAGCACCACCGUCCUGCAGAACGCCACAACGGGAGAGAGAUGGGAGUACUCCAACUAGCGGACCCUCGAAUUCGGAGCUACUGGGGAUUAAUCCGGUGUUUUUGUCAAGCAAUCCUAGCCGCUGGAGUGUGGAGGAGGUGUAUGAGUUUAUUUCUUCUUUGCAAGGAUGCCAAGACUUAGCUGAAGACUUCCGAUCUCAAGAGAUUGAUGGGCAAGCUUUGCUACUCCUAAAAGAAGAGCAUCUUAUGAGUGCCCUGAACAUUAAACUUGGACCUGCAUUGAAAAUCUGCGCCAAAAUUAACCUGUUAAAGGAGACUUAACUUUUUAUGCUAUCCCUACAAAGCACAAGGGGUUGGAGAAAAUGACUGAGGACUCCCCAGGCGAUUGCCCCCCUGUUCCAAGCGAAAGAGUAGGGAAGACAGAACUCAGAGAGAAAAAAAACCAUUGGGACAUCAGCGGCCUUAACAACUGGCCACCAUUUCUAAAACACUCCCCUACACGUGCUCCAAGCUCUUCUUUUACCAUCUCUUCAUUAUUCCUCUAAAUAUAUAUCUCUAUCUUC